GGAAGCCGCUGACUGGAUCAGAGGCCGUUCCGUGGCCGGUUGAUUCAUUUGAUACAGAAAUAUUCCAGAGCACAUACAUGAACAGACAGAAGCAAGAGUCAUUCUCACAGAAUUGAAUUCUAAAGAAUCCAGUUACACAAAGAAGAAGGCCAGAAGAGGAAAGAAAAAGAUUCAGAAAUGGCAGUGCCUCAGAGAUGUUUAACAUUCCGGGAUGUGGCCAUAGAGUUCUCUCAGGAGGAGUGGAUGUUUCUGGACCCUGCUCAGCGGACAUUAUACAGGGACGUGAUGUUGGAGAACUAUAGGAACCUGGUCUUCGUGGGUCUCUCUUCUAUAUGUGUCAUAAAUGAAUUGCCAUCUACAGAGAGCAGUAGAACUGAAGAAAUAUCCCUGACAGUGAUGUUGGAAAGGAAUGAAAACCAUGACAUGGAAGACUUUUGCUUUAGGGAAAUCCAGAAGAAUAUACAUAACUUUGAGUGUCAGUGGAGAGAUGACGAAAGACAUUUCAGUGGAGUCCCUAUGACCCCUCAGGGAAAUCUGACUGGUAAGAGAGAUCGGCAUGAUAGGAGCGAUUUAGUAAACAAGAUUGUUAGUAAUCACCUGGGAAUGAACACCCAGUCUGAUAUACCAGAAAUGCAGCUAUUGAAUAUUGAAGAGAAAACUGAUGCAUGUAAUCCUAUGGAGCCAUCUGUCAACAGUGAUUUCUUGAUUUCUCCACCUCACAGAAUUCCUUCUACUAUGAAGCCCCAUUUUUCUCAUGAACAUGAGGAUGAUCUUAUGGAUUCAUUAUUCUCACAAAGAGAGAAACCACACACCAUGACAGAACAUUACAAAAGUCCUGAUUGGGACAAGGCCGUUAAUCAAGGCUUACAUUUCAAUAUUCAGGAAAUAAUGAAUGGGGAAGGGAAUCGAUUUAAAUGUGAUAUAUGUGCCAAGGUGUUCAAUGAAAAAUCAAGCCUUAGAAGUCAUCAGAGAGUCCAUGCUGUAGAGAAAACUUACAAGUGUAAUGAAUGUGGAAAGGUAUUCCCUGUAAGUUCCUCUGUUGUAGAAGACCCUGUUCACACAGGAGAGAAACCUUACAAAUGUAAUGAAUGUGUAAAGGUAGUCCAUGUAAGUGCAUCUGCUAUAGGACAUCAGACAAUUCACACUGAAGAAAAACCUUACAAAUGUAAUGAAUGUGGCAAAAUGUUUAGUCAUAAAUCUUCCCUAGGACCACACUGGAGGAUUCAUACUGGAGAGAAGCCAUAUAAAUGUAAUGAAUGUGGAAAGGUAUUUAAUCAUAUUUCAAACCUUGCAAAACAUCAGAGAAUUCACACUGGAGAAAAACCUUACAAAUGUAAUGAAUGUGGCAAAAUGUUCACUCGUAAAUCAUCUGUAGCACAUCACCGGAGGAUUCAUACUGGAGAGAAACCUUACAAAUGUAAUGAAUGUGGAAAGGUAUUUAAUCGUAUUGCAUACCUUGCAAAACAUCAGAGGAUUCAUACUGGACAGAAACCUUACCAAUGUAAUGAAUGUGGAAAGGUAUUUCGUGAAAGUUCAGCCCUUGCAUGGCAUCAGAGAAUUCACACUGAAGAGAAACCUUACAAAUGUAAUGAAUGUGGAAAGCUAUUCCGAGCAAGUUCAAUCCUUGCACAGCAUUGGAGAAUUCAUACUGGAGAGAAACCUUACAAAUGUAAUGAGUGUGGAAAGGUAUUCCGUGAUCGGUCAGCCCUUGCACAGCAUCAGAGAAUUCACACUGGAGAGAAACCCUACAAGUGUAAUGAAUGUGGAAAGAUAUUUAAUCGUAUUUCACACCUUGCACGACAUCAGGGAAUUCACACUGGAGACAAACCUUACAUAUGUAAUGAAUGUGGCAAAAGGUUCACUCGCAAAUCAUCCCUAGCAUAUCACUGCAGGAUUCAUACUGGAGAGAAACCUUACAAAUGUAAUGAAUGUGGAAAGGUAUUUAAGCAUAUUGCACACCUUUUAAAACAUCAGAGAAUUCACACUGGAGAGAAACCUCACAAAUGUAAUCAAUGUGGAAAGGUAUUUAAUCGUAUUUCAAACCUUGCACGACAUCAGGAAAUUCACACUGGAGAAAAACCUUCUGAAUGUAAUGAAUGUGGCAAAAUGUUCAGUAGCAAGUCAUCCCUAGGAAAGCACAGGAGGAUUCAUGCUGAGAGAAACCUUACAAAUGUUAUGAAUGCUACAAGGUCUUCAGUUGAAAUUCACACCUCGUGUGACAUCUAAUAAUUCAUACUGGUAAGAAACCUUAUAAAUGUAAUAAAUAGGGGAAAGUGUUC